AUGGACGAACAAAUCAGAAAGCAGCAAUUUGAUUACAGAAACACUUCAAGCAAAGUUCUUCCGAGUGAACGUGAUCCCCGCCAAGCAAAUGAGCCAACAGGUGAGGCAGAUUCAUUGAGAGGGAGAAUUGGUAAAAUGGGUGACAGAUAUAGUCAGUCCAAGCCUCCAGAAUUGCUUAAAAAAAUGUAUUCAAAGAAAGUUCCUGUAAAAGCUUCGGUUCAGGCUUCAUCAAUCCCUGAAGGACUGCUUUAUUAUCCGAAGACUGCAGAAACGCGUUUGAUUUAUGAGUCAAUGCUGAGUAUGAUGCAAGGAUAUUUAGGUGAUCAGCCAAAUGAAAUGUUUAGGGACGCAGUUGACCAGAUUUUAGCUGUUCUUAAGACAGAAAAUAUCUUAGAUGUGGACAAAAAAACAGAAAUUGAGCUGAUAAUCGGAAAUAAGCUUAAUUUAAUUGAAUUUUGCCUCAAAAUAAGUUGAUAUUUAUUAAUUUUCAAAGAAAAUGGGAUUGGAGUUAAUUAUGCUAUUUUUUAAUCACUCAAAAACUUUUAUUUCUAAUGAAGAUUUUAAUAAGAUGUACAUGAUGUCUAAACAACUUACAGAUUAUAACCCUGAUAUCAAUGAAAGAGGUGAAAUGGAAGAAGACAUCGGAGUUCCUAUUGUUUUUGACGAAAAAGCUGAAGAAGAAAACAAUGAGGAAGAUGAAGACAUGGAUGAAGAAGAGCAACUCGCUAUAAAUGAAAUUCUUGCUGAAGAUAUAGACUCAGAGUGGUUGAAAAUCGAAAUUGGAAAAUAUUUUGAUAAUAUUGAUGAAGUUUUGUCUAAAGAAAGCCAAGUAUUAGAAUAUUUAGCUAUAGAAGACUUAAUCUCUCUUCUCUGAGAGAGAAACAAAUUUGCCCCUAAAUUUUAUAUAGAACCAUUUAUUGGUAAUCUAAAAUAUCCCAUUUCACAAAAAAUUGAAAAAAUAAAAUUAGUUAAAAUUUUUAAAUUUAUGGUUUAGAAUGCAAAGUAUUUAAAAUUUAACAGACCAUUACAAUCGUAAUAUUGUCACUUAUAUAUCAAAAUAUUUUUUAUCAAUUUUAUAUAUUAUCUCACAAAGUUUUCUCCCCCCAAAACUUAGGGAUUUUUCCAAAGUGUUUUGCUUACUCUCGGAGGGGAAUUAAGGAAAUGCGAAAACAAGCUCGUUAUGGCGCUAGGGUUUAAUAAACUUCCUCUCGCUACUUUGUUGCUGGCAAAUCGCUAUAAGAUCCUUAUGUGUACUAAGUUCCACAAAGCAAAAAAUGAAGAUGAGCGACAAGUUGUUAUAAAGGAAAUGCAAAGUUCCCCAGAAGGGCUAAAAAUAUUAGAAAAACUCCUCCCGAAAUCUCAAUACACCACAAUUCUACCUAAGCGAGUUUAUGAUCUUUCUAACCCCCCCCCCCCUCCGUGAGCGAACAAAACCAUUAGAAAAAUCGCCAUUUUUUGACCAAAAACCCACCCUCCGUGAGUGAACAAAAAUUUUUUUAAUAGAAAAAAUUUUAAUGGAAAAAAAUUUUGAUAUAUAAGUGAUAAUUAGUAUAAUGAAAUCUAGAGCUAAUUCUGUUUAAUUUUAAACAAAUUGCGUUUUAAAACAUAUAAAUUUUGCAAAUUAAAUUAAUAUUUGCUUCCCAAUUUUGCAAAUUAGGAUUUUUUUAAAUUUCGAAAAAAAUAUUUUUUAUAAAAUUUAUAUAUAUAAAAAUUUUUUUAAAAAAAAAAAAAAUUAACCCCCCUCCGUGAGCGAACAAAAUUUUUUUGUUCGCUCACGGAGGGGGGGGGGGAGUAAGCUAGAGUUUGCAGAAGGCUCCUUAACAAUGUCUAACACUAAAGUAAAACUUCCCCCAGGUUCUAUAAAAAAUCAAAACCCAGGCUAUGAAGAAGUAAUAAUCCCACCUCCUCCUGUAAAACCUCAGUCAGGAAUUCAUCAUUCCCAAUUUCCCGAGUACAUAAAGCCAGCUUUUUCCAAAGUAAAAGAGUUAAACUCCAUCCAAAGCGCAGUUUUCCCAAAAGCAUAUAAUAGUGAUGAAAAUUUACUUAUCUGCGCGCCUACUGGAGCUGGGAAAACAAAUAUAGCCCUCUUAUGUAUUUUAAAUACAUUAAAGCAGCAUAUAAAAAACAACGGGGAACUUGAUUUAAAUGGUUUCAAAAUUAUUUAUAUAGCCCCUAUGAAAGCAUUAGUAUCAGAAACAUGUGGAAAUUUGAGUAAUAGACUGUCGAAGUAUGAUGUAACCGUAAGAGAGCUUACAGGAGACGCCCAAUUAACGAAGCAACAAAUACAUGAAACACAAGUCAUUGUGACCACUCCAGAAAAAUGGGAUAUAGUUACAAGAAAAAGUGGGGAAAGAACGUUUACUGAUAAAGUAAAAUUAAUCAUAAUUGAUGAAGUCCAUUUACUUCAUGAUAUGAGAGGGCCAGUACUUGAAGCAAUAGUUGCUAGAACUUUACGUCUAAAUGCGACGCAUGCGAAAUCUAUUAGACUAGUUGGGCUUUCUGCAACACUUCCUAAUUAUUCUGAUGUAGCAAAUUUUUUACAAGUUCCGGAGUCUGGGCUGUUUUUCUUUGAUAAGUCAUACAGACCUGUGCCACUAGAACAGAAAUAUAUAGGAAUUAACGAAAAAAAAGCUAUAAAAAAAUUUUUAUUGAUGAAUGAAAUUUGUUAUGAAAAAAUUUUGCAGCAAGCUGGGAAAAGCCAAGUGUUAGUUUUUGUACAUUCAAGAAAAGAAACAGCGAGAACAGCCAAAGCUCUUCGUGACUUGGCAGUCACCAAAAAUGACCUAUUUAAAUUCCUUAAAGAAGACUCCAAAAGCAAAGAAGUGCUAUCUGUCAUGUCCCAAAGUAUCGAAAACAAUGAGUUAAAAGACCUGCUUCCCAGCAGUUUUGCAAUCCACCAUGCAGGGCUUAAUAAGGAUGACAGAAAACUCGUAGAAGACCUAUUCGCUGACAAGCAUAUCCAAGUUUUAGUGUCAACUGCAACUUUGGCUUGGGGUGUUAACUUGCCAGCACAUACAGUUAUUAUUAAAGGCACCCAAGUUUACAGUCCUGAAAAAGGUACAUGGGUCGAAAUUUCUCCUCAAGACAUGCUGCAGAUGAUAGGACGAGCUGGAAGAAUGGACUAUGACACCACUGGAGAAGGCAUCGUUAUCACUUCCCACAACCGUCUUCAAUAUUAUCUUUCUCUUUUAAAUCAGCAGCUUCCUAUAGAAUCUCAAAUGAUGUCUCAGCUUUCUGACCAUUUAAAUGCUGAAAUAGUCCUUGGCACUAUUAGUACUAUGCAAGACGCUAUUAAUUGGUUUGAGCAUACUUAUCUUUAUACAAGGCUUAUGAAAUCUCCUAGUCUGUAUGGGUAUGAUAUUCAAAACUACACAGAAAUUAAUGGAUAUGUGGUUGAUAUUCUGCAUUCAGCAGCCACUUUAUUAAAUAAGCAUAAUUUAAUACGAUAUGAUAAGCGGACAGGAGUUUUUCAAGCUACAGCACUUGGGCAGGUGGCGUCUCAUUAUUAUAUAAAGCCUGAGUCUGUGUCAAUUUAUAAUGAAAACUUGAAAUCUCAUAUGGGGCCGAUUGAUUUGUUGAGGAUCUUUGCGUUGUCUUAUGAGUUUAAAUAUCUGCCGGUCAGAGAAGAAGAAAAACAAGAAGUAGCCAAGUUGAUGGAAAAAGUGCCGUAUCCUGUAAAAGGAGCUAUGGAUGAGCCUGCUUCUAAAAUGAAUAUACUUAUUUUUAUAGUUAAAUUGACUUGUUUAAAUAAUAAUUCCUUAUUUUCUAUAGAAAUGUACGCUGUUUAUUAGUAAAAAUGCUUUUAAUAUUUUUAGCUUGCAUAUUCUAUUGCAAGCAUAUAUAUCAAAGCUAAAACUUGAAGGGUUUACGCUAAUGAGUGACAUGGUUUUCAUUAGCCAAAGCGCUGGAAGAAUUAUGAGAGCUUUAUUUGAAAUUGUUGUCAGGAGAGGUUGGGCUCAGCUUACUUAUAUUACCUUGAACUUUUGCAAAAUGAUUAAUCAUAGGAUGUGAAGCGUCAUGAACCCACUAAGGCAGUUUAAUAGGCUUAGUGAAGAUAUUUUAAGAAAACUAGAAAAAAAAGAAGGUUUAAUGUGGGAGCAUUUUUAUGACUUAACAGCUAGCCAAAUUGGAGAACUUCUAAAAAUGCCUGGGAAAGGCAACCAAGUCCAUAGCCUCGUCCAUAUGUUACCAAAACUUAAAUUAGAGCCAUAUAUUCAGCCUAUAACUAGGUCCUGCCUUAGAAUAGAGCUUAUAAUCACAAAAGAUUUCCAAUGGGAAAAAGAAAUCCAUGGAACUUCUCAACUGUUUUGGAUUUUUGUAGAAGAUGUAGACAGUGAAAUAAUCCUGCAUUAUGAACAAUUUAUGAUGAAAAAGAAACAUUCAGACUCUCAGCAUGUUGUAGUUUUUACUGUUCCAUUAUUUGAGCCGCUGCCUCCUAAUUAUUAUAUAAAAGUGAUAUCUGACAAAUGAUUACAGUCAGAAGUGACGAUCCCUGUAGCUUUCAGGCAUUUGAUUUUACCUGAAAAGUUUUCGCCCUGUACAGAGCUUGUGUCUAUGCCACCUGUACCGAUUUUUGCCUUAAAAUGGCCAGAGGUAGAAAAAGAAUAUGAGAUUGAGUUUUUGAAUAGCAUACAGAGCCAGGUUUUUGAGGCAAUUUAUCAGACUAAUGAAUCUGUAUUUUUUGGGUCUUCAGAUAAUUCAGGAGUUUUGGUCGCUGAAUUAGCUAUUUUUAAAGCUUUAUCAGAAGGCGUUAAAAAAAUUAUUUACACAUCCCAAUUUUCCGAAAUCGUCCAAUUAGCCCAAUCAUCAAUGAAAAAGUUCGAAAAUCUUGGUGAGUCUGUCGGAAUUCUAGCAGGAGUGAUGCAAAAAGAUUUAGCAAUUUUAGCAAAAAAUAGAAUAAUUUUUGCUGCAGCAGAGCAUCUAGACACGUUAUCUCGUAGGUGGAGACAAAGAAAAGCUUUCCAUGAUGUGGGGCUUUUAAUUGUAGAUCAAGUCCAAUUAGUAGGAGAAACUGGGAGCGUUUUAGAAGUCUGCAUAUCAAAUUAAAUUAAAAGGCUUUAGGUCUUCCAGAUUGAUGCCUCCUCACUCUUUCGAUUGCAGAACCCUUGCCUGUCAGAGGUAUAUCAUCAUUUGCCUGAGCCAGUCUUUUCCCAGGAUUAAGGGCUUGCACUACAUCCCUGAGUUUCGACGGGCUACGGAGAGCCUCUGUGCUGAACAUCUUGUGGGUGCUUAGGAGGUAAAGGUUAGCCCGAUACCUCCUCUCAGUCACCUUGAGGAAGGAUAACUCUAGAAAAAAGAGCCACAGCCCUCUGAAACCUAGAGGGAAAGACUCGCGACCCCAAAGCCAUCCGAAUAAUCAAUAACUAGACUGGAAUGGCCACAUGCUGACUCCCAAGAUCAUCCACCCCAUAUAGUCGCUAUACAGCAAACUUAGGGCUAUAAUCGAAGGGUUUGGCUAUAAACCGAUUUUAGUGCCCAAAGUAGUGCAUCGUACAAAGACAUAUUUUGUCGCCACACCACCAUAUUAAUUAUCCUGUAUAUCAAGGAUGAGAUAUGCAGCUUCGCAGCUCGAAAUAAACUUAAGAAUCGUUGCGAUUGGGUGCUCAAUUGCCAAUGCAAAAGAUAUCGCUGAAUGACUAGGAAUCAGUUAUAAAAAUAUUUUCAAUUUUCACACAAAAACAAGGCCAAAUCCACUGAAUUUGGUGCUACAGAGUUUUGACCAUGGCCAUCGCCAAUCAAGAAUUUUAGCUAUGUCGAAGCCUGUAUAUGCUGCUAUAAAAAGCUAUGGCUCAGACGAAUCAAUCAUUAUUUUCACCCCAGACAGAAAAGUUGGCAGAUUAAUGGCUUUAGAUUUGAUUACCUAUACAAUAGGUGACGAAAAUCCUUACAAAUUCCUAUCCUCAAAAGAAAAUAUUCUUUUUUAUAAAAUUUAAAAUAGUUUCAGUUCCUAAUAGACUAAUUAUUAAUACUUUUUAAAAGGGAUAUUAAAGAAAUUGAAAAAAUCCAGUCAAAAAUAUUAAGCCAAUGCUUAAUGCAUGGAAUUGGUUUAAUAUAUGAAGGAAUGAAAGAAUUCGAUAGAAAACUUGUAGAAAGUCUGUAUAAGCAGAAAACCAUCAAAGUUUUAGUGAUUUCUUCAAGCCUCUGCUGGGAGAUAGGAGAAGUCUGCAAAUUAUCAAUAAUUAUGGACGCGUGCCGAUAUGAUGGAAAAGAGCAUAGAUAUGUAGACUAUACCAUCCCAGAAAUUUUACAGAUGAUAAAUCGAGCUAACACUGCCAAUGCAACCAGUGUAAUCUUGUGCCAAACUCCUAGAAAAGAAUUUUUAAAGAAAUUCAUAUCAGAGCCAUUUCCAGUUGAGUCUCAUUUAGACCAAUACUUAUCAGACCACUACAAUGCAGAAAUCGUAGCUAAAACCAUCACAAGUAAACAAGACGCAGUUGAUUGGAUAACUUGGACAUUUUUAUACCGUAGACUUACCAAAAACCCAAAUUAUUAUAAUUUAGAAGGUGUUUCAGGAGCCCAUAUCAAUGACCACCUAUCAGAACUUGUCGAAAACUCUAUGGAAGAGCUAAAAAAUUUCAACUGUGUCGAAAUAAUAGAAGAAAACGAGCUUAGUCCUCUUAAUCUUGGGAUUAUUGCUUCCCAUUACUACAUAAAAUGCUCCACUAUUGACAUUUAUUCCUCUUCCCUAACCCCAAACACCAAAAUCAGAGGAAUUCUUGAAAUCCUUGUGUCUGCAUUAGAAUUAGAGCUGCUUCCAGUGCGGCAAGGCGAAGAAAAAUACCUCCGGGAAAUAAACUCCCUUAUAUCAGAACCUCUUGAAAAAGAUUACUUAAACGAGCCCCACACAAAAGCUCUGCUUUUAUUAUUUUCUCAUUUUUCUCGGUUUAAUAUUACACAAGAUCUCAUAGCGGACCAAGUUUAUGUGGUGAAAAAAGCUAUCCCAUUGAUUCAUUCUAUAGUAGAUAUUGCAGGAAGCAAUGGGUGGCUUCUUCCUUCUAUUUACGCAAUGAUGGUCUGCCAAAUGAUUACACAAGCUUUAUGGGAUAAAGACAGUCCUUUGCUUCAGCUGCCUCAUUUUGAUGCAGAAACUGUGGACAGAUGCAGGAAUUUUGAAGUAGAAGAUAUAGCUGAUUUCACGAAUAUGGAAGAUGACCAGAGGAAUCAAUUGGGAUUUACGCAGAAACAGCUUGAAGAAAUUGCUGGGGUUUGUAAUGAUUUUCCUGAUAUUGAUAUUAGUUAUGAAGCGCCUGGGGAUGUUAUGACUGGAGAAGAAGUUGAGGUGGAAAUUCAGCUGGAAAGGUCGAAAGGAGGGGAAAGUGUGUAUGCGCCAUAUUUCCCUGGGGAAAGAGAAGAGUAUUGGUGGGUGGUAAUUGGUGAGCCCAAGGCGAACAGACUUUUUGCAAUUAAAAAAGUGAAGAUUCAAGGAAAUGUGAAUGUGAAAAUGAAUUUUGUAGCCCCAGAACCAGGAAAUCAUGAUGUGAUGAUAUAUUUGCUAUGUGAUUCUUAUAUUGGAGAUGAUCAGAACGAAAAAAUGCAUUUAACAGUUUAUGCUUAA